AUGCCGAGCACCGAAGAACAGAAAGAAGUGGGUGACGUGAAUUUGAACAGGGUAUCAGCGAAACUUCCACCCUUUUGGAAUGCGAAUCCUGAAAUAUGGUUCGCUCAGGUGGAGGCGCAAUUCAUCGUUGCUGGUAUUACGAUUGAUGACACUAAAUUCAACCAUGUCAUUGGGAAUAUCGAUGGCAAAAUUCUUGCACGGGUAAGUGAUGUGGUAGUAGCACCACCAGCGACUGAUAAAUACUCUGCGUUAAAAGCGCCAAUUCUGGCUGCCUUUGCGGAUUCACAGCAAAAGAAAUCCAGCCAUUUAUUAGCAGAAGUCGAGCUAGGAGACAGGAAGCCUUCGGAAUUACUAACCGAAAUGAGGAAAUUGGCUGACAACAGAGUCACAGAUGAUUUUCUACGCACACUAUGGUGA